AUGCCUGACGACCAGCAUAAAGUCACAGAGCGUACACAACUGUCGGCGCCGCAGGAUGUCGUUGAUACAAUCUGGAAAAACUUCACAUCACACAAGCCGGGCUUCAUUAGUAGCCUACUGAGGCCAAGUGAAGAGGCCGACAGCCGGAACCCAUCGAGAGAAGCAGAUGCAGAUGCCGGAAGCUACGGUGCAGCACGGAGGGCCUGCAUCGACGAGGUCACCUCCAUUGUGCGUGAGUGCUCGCAGCGGAACCAGAUGUUCACUGAUCCUGAGUUCGACAUCCUGGAUGACUUCGAGAACAAAGGAAACACGCGGAAGUGGAAGUGUCUGUUCAGCUUGCACUACCCUUCAGGCCGUGGCACGAUUCAGUACCGUCCCGACGGGUUGGCAUCCUGUGCUAUGAGCUCUCAAUUACACUCCACGAGUCCGGCUGAAGCGUCAAGUUUGGAUGCUUCGUGCGAUGGCGCCUGCAGUUCAGGCUCUCGAGACACCUUCCGGUCGACACCAGAUGCUGUCCGCCGAAUUCACGACAUUUUUGACAGUCCCACAUUUGCCCCACAGGCUACCAGAAAGCAUUUGCCAUCCCUUGACCUGAGCACUUUUUCCAAGAGCGUGACCACAUUUGGGCUGCUGAUAGCAGCGUGCAUUGCCAUGAAGGAAUUUGGCAACCGAUGGACGGGUCCGAAUUUUGCAUCCUGUCACAUCAAGCAAGGCAGUAUUGGCGAUUGCUGGUGGAUGUCUGCAAUAGCUGCGCUGUGCAGUCGCAGCGACCUAAUGCGCAAGCUUUGCGUUGCCUGGGACCAGGACUGUGGUGUCUAUGGAUUCGUAUUCUACCGAGACGGUGCCUGGAUCCACACAGUCGUGGACGACCGCCUCUACCUUUCCGACGAUGAUGACUCCAGCCCAGAGGAUGCGAAAUUCAGCGACGACCGCUGCAGUAACAAGGCGACCCUGCAGAGGGGUUCAGAUGCUCUUCACUUUGCCAAAUGUGCUAAAUCAGAUUACACUUGGCUACCGUUGCUCCAGAAGGCGUUUGCAAAAGUACACGGUGACUAUCAGGCUCUCAUCCGUGGCGAGAUCUCGGAAGGCUUGGAAGACAUCACGGGCGGGAUUGGUGAGAUCCUGGACACCGACGAUACAAAAGAUCAAGAGCGACUUUGGCACGAGCUUUCCAGAAUGGAUCGAGAGUGCCUAUAUGCUCUUGCCAUGCCACCUAAACGCAGAAAGGACUCAAGGCUUGGCCUUAUGUUCGAGCAUGCUUAUGCGGUAGAGAAGGCGUGCUCCUUCCUCCACCUUGAUGGCUGGAAACUAAAGCGAGUCAGGCUCUUGAAGAUCCGUAACCCCUGGGGCUUGAAGAAAGGAGUCUGGCAAGGAGACUGGGGUGCAGGAAGCAGGCGAUGGGGUCCUGUCUCUAUGUGGUGGCUGCAGCCGCAGGGCAAUGAAGAUGGCGUCUUCUACAUGACCUUCGAGGCUGCCCUGAAAAUGUUUGCGGCGCUUCAACGAACAUCGGUAUUCGACGACAGCAUCUGGACGAUCCAGCAAGAAUGGGUCAGCAUGAACGUCCACUGGAAUCCACAGUUCAAUGCCGUCUACUUCGAGCUGCACUUGACAGAAGACUCGAAGACUGCCUUCUCGAUAUCGCAAUUGGACAAACGCUACUUCGCGACCCUUCAAGGCCGGUACGCAUUCCACUUGGAGUUCGCGAUCAAGAAGAAAGGCACCCAAGAAAACAAGUUCAUUGUAAAGUGCAAAGCACCGAAGCUAAACGAAAAAUACCCCCAGAGAUCCACCAGCAUCACAACGGAUCUGAAGAGUGGCGUCUAUGAGAUUCUGGUCAAGGUAACGGCAGUGGAGCUGGAGAGUUCGGAUGGAGCACAAUGGAUCGCCGAGGACGUCCUGAAACAAUCCAAACGCUGCCAUGUCAAACUGCAACAGACCGCCCGCAACUAUGACCAGGCGUAUGGGAAGCUCAAGACGAUAGAGCCAAAGUCGGUGAACCCAGAGCAGCCGAAAAAGUCAGAGCAGCCAGAGAACUCAGAGAAUUCGGAACCAGAGGAACCAGAGAAACCCGAGAAGGCAGAGAAAAAAGAGAAGUCAGAGAAGCCAGAGAAGCCAGAGCAGCCGAAGAAGUCAGACAAGUCAGAGAAGCCAUCAAGCGAAGGUGCCGACAGCGACCAGUUCGUAUACCCCGACCCAGGCAUGGUAGCAUGGAACGCAGUAUGUGGUAUCGGCUUGCGUGUAUUCAGCAAAGACCCUGCCAUGCGACUCGAGGUCCAUCAUCGAGACGAAGACAAAUCAUCGGAGACCAAGGAGCCUGCCAAAACAGAGUCGGCCACGAAGAAGGACGAGGAGAAGAAGAAUGAGGAGAAGACGAACGAGACGUGGAAGGUUACUAUCGAGGGUGUUGCAAAAUGGGAGAAGGAGAAAGCCUCUGGUGCCUCGCAGCAAGCUAGCUCCGAGGACCGUGUGGAGGAGAGCACGCAGCGCGAUGAUAAGGACAACAAACAGCAGUCGCCGCAAGACUGA